UUUAAGUGGGGACGGUAGGAAACGGUUGACGGUACUCGAAAUCGAAGCGACGGUAUUUUAUAAUUAAUUUCGUCCCUCCCUUUCGUCUAUACGAUUGGAAGGAGGGGUGGCGUUUCUCAUAGUUAGCCCGCUUAGAUAUUUUGUACCGGUGUAGAAAAAAGAGAACGUUAAAGAGAAAUUUGCGUGCAACUGCGAUGACAAGGUUAUUUCCGUCUCUGAGCCAUUCACUUUGUUCAAUUGCUGCUUCUGCUUCACUCAUCGUCGACGCGUGAUGGAUGAGUAGCUAGGAAUCGUACUGAGACCGUGGAUUCAUGAGAGCGAACGAACAAGGUGAGGAAGAAAUUUACGAACACCAUAAACGAUGUAUAGUUACCAUUGAAGAGGAACGAAAGAACGAGAGGAUAAAGAUGACGCGAGAACGAGAAUCUCGUGACGGCUAUCCACGCUGGCGCAAUUCCACAUCGUUGGCCUACGAAACGAAGACUACGAAUCGAAAAUUUCGAGCAUGUACCGAAAGAAAACGGUUGAAGUAGUAGUAGUUGAAAAGUCAACGAUUCUUUCUAUAAAAAAGAAAAAACAAGAAAAAAGUAAAAAAGAGAUGUUAAAAACUGAGCGGUUACACAAAGGUCGAGGCGAGGGGUCAAGUUAAGGACUAAUCAAACCAAGUUCGAGUCACAACGCUUGGAAAUACUCAAAACGAACAAACUAGAAAUCAUGGUAGCCCUCGUGUGAGCGCUCUUCUGAUAAACGAAGAACGACUUUUCGUUCAAUAAUACUGAACUUUUUCAGCAACACUGAGCACCGAAAAGUACAGCUCGACGCGUUAACGAUCGAGCAUAAUAUUCGAUUAAAUGGUACAUCUGACAUAACGAUAAUAAUACGAGCUUAGAUGUUUAAGUAUAGUUGAUAUAAAUAUCGAAUACAAAGGAGAAUGGAAAGGCGAGUUACAAAAACUAUGCGGUUUGCGUGUUGCUGAUGAAAGAGUAGGCAGAUCGAAUACGAGAAAAGGAUCGUAGGAUAAUCGAAUGGAAAGGAAGACGAAACAAAACGAGCGAUACGAUUAAAGUGCACUGUGAGGGUUAUACGAGUAAAUCGGUCUCGUGCCAAAAACGAGACGAGAGUAUAAAAGUUCGUUCGGUGAGUCGUCGGGACUCGACGAGAAGGACACCUUUGUUACAUAUUCCUUUCUGUUUUCGCGAAUAAUAAUAAAAAUCGCGUCAACGACUCGUCGUCGUAUAGUGAAAAUAGUGGAUCCCUCAGGGUCUCGGAUGGAUCGAUUCGCGAAUGCAUAAUACGCAUAAUUAAGUUCAUACAUGAAGUAAAGUAAAAAGGAAGUGAAAAAAGGGGGCCGCUGUCUGACAGCUGAGCUACACGACAUUUAGCAGCCCCUAUGUGCCGGCGCGUGCAAUAUUAAUUAGGAUUAUAUUUACAGUUCAUUGAAUAGUCACUUAAGGAUGGGGUACUAAGAUUAAGCGAAAUAAAAACGCAACUAAUCCACGUUAUCGACGGCUGCACGUACUUAUUAACGACUAUGGUAUGUUUUUUCAGUAGCGAAUCUUUUUCCAUUGACUGGUAACCGUGGAAUCGACGAAACUCGCGGCUCGUCGAGGAUUUUCGAGUACUGUAUACAUAUUGUAAAACGCAUAUGCUCUCUGUACACACGUUCGUCGGUCUCUUGCCGGCUUCUUUAGCCGCGAUACUCGAUCGUUUUAGAUUUUUGAUAUUAUUCCAACGAGAUUCAGACGUUUUCUGACGAUACGGAGGAAGCCUCGAUCGAAAGUCCAUUUUGUAUUUCGAUUUCAAUGUGUCCCCGAUCAUCCAUCGAUCUGUGCUAUACCGAUUAAUCAGUGCUUCGAACGUGUCGAACAUAAUAUUUACACGAACAUAAAUACAAGAACACAGAAACGAGCAUUUUAUUGUCUAGAAGCAUUUAACACGUGUGUUACUUUGUUAAUCAAUUUUUCAAAGUAACGCCUAUGUUAGCUGCUAUGAACACAGCUGAACAUUUUCAUGCAUCUGACAUACAUGAACACAUACACCACGCGUACACACAGAUUUUGUACAUAUUUUUAAUAAUGUAUAAUAACUAUAAUUCUAAAUUACGAGUACCAGAGUAUCCAAUAGCACAGUUGCAUAAUGCGCGUGAUCGUAUUAUAUCGUGUAUGCCAAAAGAAGAGAACAAGAAGAAAAAGAGGUAAAGAGAGAAGACAUAUUCUGUUAAAGAAAGAAAGAAUUUUUGUUGUAACUCGGGACUUCCUCCCAAAGUCUUCGGACUCGAAUUUUUUGUUCGAUCAUUCAUUUUCCUCGCGGUUUCUCGAUGUCGUCUCGUUGUAGGAACCUGUUGCAAGCAACGUGGAGGUGGUUUUACGUCGCGGGGGUGUGAAGUAAUCUAGAUAAGAAAAAAGAAGAGAAAGAUUAGAGAUUCGCGACGGACGCUUUAAUUCUAACUAAUCGCACGAAUAGAAAUCGGAACUUUCGGAUCGGUUUCUAAGUCCCGAUGCAGACGAGCGUCUUUUAUCAGCGCGAUAUCGCCACAAUCGUACGUCUUUCUUUGUUUUCCCAAUUAACAAUAACCAAGCAGACGUAGGGUCGCAGUGAUAUCGCGCGAACAAACGUCGCUCGUUUGUAUCGGGCUUUACUCGUGUAGGACUUGACGUUAUCGCUAUAAAAAAAAAACAAAAAACAAAAAAUUACAAAAAGAAAAGCGUACUGAAACACAAAGAAAACUCACAGAGAUAAAAAUUAUUUUCUAAAGAAUGAAAAAAAAAAGUGUGAAGUAAGAGAAAAGGAGAGAAAGUGAUCGAGAGAAAGUGAGAGAGCGAAAGUAUGAUAAAUUUUAAAAAAGCAUAAAAAAAAAAUAUUUAACGGAAAAGGAUUAAAUGUCAACGACUUUGCUUGCGCAAGAAUCGCGCGAGGAAUAAAAGAACGGAACAAAAAGGAAAGAAGAAAAAAAAAGAUUUAAAAGAAAAAUAAAAAAGCUAAAGAGUUAGACGAAUAUAAUUCCCUUUUUUUCUUCCGCGUGUUACGCGCGAUCUCGUGCUCGUAAAUUUUUUCUAUGGAACUGCGGGUGUUUUAAGACGAGAUCGAACAAACUAAACAAAUUGAAAAAAAAAUAGAAAAAUACAAAAAAUCUACAACAGAUACAACGGUAUAAGAAAAUUAAAAAAAAAAAAAAAAGAGAAAAUGAGAGAUUAAGCAAUGUCUAAAAUACUGCGCGCCUGAUUUUACCGUUGCAUAGCGUACGAGAAAUUCUCACUUAGGUAUUUGUAAGUACCGUUUAAGGGGGUGGGGGGGCAGUCUGCAGAUAAUUAUACGCCAUUAGUUGCAUUUGAUCGAUAAUAUAUUUAAUUAGUUGGCAGUUAUCCGUGGCUAGCAAUCUGUCUUUCUUUCGUCGACUCACGAAGGAUUCGUUUGAUCUCGAGAAACCGUGACACACCAUUUUCUUCGUUCAGAGGUUAAGGAUUAUUCUAGCGUAAAUCGUUAGCGGAUAGAGACACGUUCUUUUUUGAACGCUUCACUUUACAUUUCCCCUCGAAGGCUCCAAGGGUUUUUAAUGACUCAACACAUACACACAGAUAUUUACGCGUACACGCAUAAACAUAUACACGUAUACAUACACGAAUACAGUCAUGUACAUACAAACGCAUAUGUGUACUUAUGUGAGCUAUGAAGACUAUGAUCAUUUUAGACGUACGAGCCCUAUCUCUUGUUUCGAUUACUUUCUUAUUCUCUCGCUACGUAUAUUUAAGGACGCCGAUGUUGUAGCCGAUUAACGAUAGCUGAUAAAUUACGGAUAUGUACUUUUACGAGACAAAGGCUGUUGUUGCAUUUAUUGUUUAAAACUCGACGAUCGUUCGUAGCUGCACACGAAUAUGAUAUAGUAUUUAUAUAGCGAGCAGGAUCCUUUCCCGAUCGAGCUUUCUCGAGAUCACACGCGAAUCUGAUUCGCGUGGUCGCCUUUAGAACGAAGCGUAUAGAUACGUGACGUCGAGAAGGGUCACGAUGUGUUUUUCAUCGGAUACCAGAGCAUCGUAUACACGAAGGUGUUCCUUUUUGCGUUUGAAAUUCCACGUGGAUCGUCAUUCUAGACGAUUGUUUUCGCGAGAUGAAAAAAGACGAAGGAAACGAUGCGACGCGAUCAGUUCGCCGAAUAGGAUAAGUUCGAAAGAAAAGAAGGGAUGAAGAAGGAAGGAAGGAGAAAGUAGAAAAGGGACAAAAGAAGGGAAACAGGAAGGAGCCACGCCACUUAUAUUAAACGUACUAUAAUAACGCGCUGCAUAGCGAUUCGUUUCUUCUCGAAGUACACACGUAUACAUAUACAUAUAUAGGUUCUUUCCUUCGUAGUGCAUACAGUAAUUAAUUCCGACGUAUUCAUUGCGUACUGUAUAAAUGUAUACACAGCGUAAUGUAUUAAUUGCGUAAUUAUCAUUCGGAUGGCGGCGAUUUUAGCGGUUUCCGCGCGCAGGGGAGCCGCUAAACGCCCGUUACAAAGUGAUUCAUAACACGUUAUUUCUAUAAGAAGAGAAGACUCGGGCACGUUAAGAUGCUAUACAAUGUAAAACAAAGAAAAAAAAAAAAAGAAGAAUAAUAUUGUAUCUGUGCUGCCAUUAGCGUUAAAAAGGGGAAAGAAAAAAACAAAUUAAAAGACAGACAAAGCCAAAAUAUUAUAGUUAAUGAAAAACACGCGGGUAUUACAUACAUAUAAAUACGAUACACCCAGACACGUACACACAUUCACAUGUUCCACAUAGUGGAUCACGCAUGAAGGUGAGAAAACAUAUACAUAUGAUGACAUAUGAAGACCGGUAUGUGUGUAUGCUACAUAUGUUUAUCUAUAUAUAUAUAUAUAUAUAUAUAGAUAUUAUACGUAUGUUUCGUACAAAAUAUGGGUCUUCACGUAUACAACACGUACAUUACAUACCCAGCAAUGUAAUUGAUAAGUACUUUAAUCCCGACAAAAAAGAUUCGUUUCGCAGUAUGAGAAUGAUUUUAGGAGCCUUCGUGUUGAAUAAUUAGCAGUCUCAUUCUAUGUAUCGUAUAAUCGAGAGAUCGAGUGACCGUGAUCAGUACGUAUAUAGCGAUAAAAUCAUUAAAUGACAAAAAAAAAAAAAAUGCAAAAUGACGAUGAACCUGUUAAAAAAGAAUUACGGUUCGUAGUGUGUACUGUAUUCGAAUGUGAUCGAUUUGUUACUUAUGUCCCCGAUUAUUGUUACGUUGUGCUUUUUAUUAUUGCUGAUGUAUUUAUUAUUAUUAUUAUUAUUAUUAUUAUUAUUAUUAUUAUUAUUAUUAUUAUUAUUAUUAUUAUUAUUAUUAUUAUUAUUAUUAUUAUUAUUAUUAUUAUUAUUAUCAUUAUCAUGUUUAUCAUGUCUCUGAGAAGUAUUAUCAUCAUUGUGAAUAUUAUUAGCCCUAUGACUGCGAUCAUUAUUAUUGAAUAUUAUUUAUUACUAUUGCUAUUUAUUAUCAUUAUUAUUACAACUACUAUUAAGCGAGCAAGAUCGACCGCUCAUUUUUUUUUUUUUUUCUAGUCGAAUUUCUCUAGUCCCAAUUAGAGUACUGUCGAUACUUAGUCUCCCCCGUCCCCGAUGUAUUUGAUUUUUUGUCAAAUAAUCCCAAAAUGAUACCACGCGUUGCAGGACACAUAGUUCUUGCGUAAUAGAGUGAUGCAUUACCUAUGCAACAAAUGCAGUAUACAACCCGUAAUUAUGAGGUCAAUGUUGAUUUGUUUAAAUAAAUGUAAGUUUGAAAACUCAUCACGGAUGUAAUCAUUUUUGCAAUCAUUCUCCCUACGAUUCUCUUGCCGAUCAAAAUGUAAUUAGAUAAGGUGAAAUCUAUCUUAUCGGCAUAUACAUAAAGUGCAUGUGCGGUACAUUUGAACUUCACACUUGCGAUAUGUACAUAUAACAUAUGUAGUUUACAGAGUGCACUUCUUGCUUGUCAGAGUACGAUGAAGAUAACGAAUAUGUCAUGUUCCCAGAUUAGUAUUUGAAGAAUACUAUGAAGUAAAGAUAACUUUUAUAAUGGAAUUAUUGCCUAUUGUACUUUGUGUAUAUAAACGUAUAAAUAUAAAGUAUGGCGACGUGUCAAAAUGGCCGAUCUCAACAAAGAACUAAACGAAUAUCUUCUUAGCAGUAAAAAUGAAAAACAAUUCAAAAUUACCGUACCUUCGGUGACGAUACCGAAAGCGAAUAUUGGAAAAUGGUUCGGUAGAAGCGAAGAUGAUAAACAAGAAGCGGGAUGGAUCCAAGGAACACAAAAGGAAUGUUGUCCUAGCAUGACAAGAGUACAAAGGCUAGUAGCAUUUGUUGCAUGCUUUUCUAUGGGUAUACUUUGUUUCUGUUUGUCGGCGAUUUAUAUCCCAGUUUUGCUCCUUAAAGCAAGAAAAUUUGCACUUCUGUAUACAUUAGGAAGUGCUUUCUUCCUCUCAAGCUUUUGCUUCCUUUUUGGUCCAUUAAGUUACUUAAAGUCAUUAUUCAGUGCUGAAAGAAGGUGUUUCAGUAUAUCCUACUUUGUAACUUUAGUAGGAACGCUUUAUUGCGCUCUGCAUUUACAAUCUACUCCACUAACAGUACUCUGUGCUGUUUUGCAAUUAAUAGCUAUGUUAUCAUUCUUGAUAAGUCAUAUACCAGGAGGAACUAAAGGCCUAAUGUUUUUUACAAGAAUGUUCAAGUCUUCGGUAAAUUCUACAUUGCCUGUAUGAUACUACAAUUACUUAGGCAUUAAAUAUAUAUGUGUAAAAUCAA